GUCUAAGUUGUCUCGAACUGUACGAUUAACCUGAGAGAGAGAGAGAGAGAAUGGUGGUGAUUGAACCAGAGCCGGUGCCAACUCCAACUCCAACUCCGACUGAAGAAGAGAAGAAAGAUUCAAAUUGUUUCAAUCCGAAGCCAAAAUCAGCUGUAGACUCGAACGACGAUACCACGACGGGGCCGUCCGGAUACGCCUCCGACGGCUUCGAAACCGCCAGCGAAACCGAAGUUAAUGAAGCUGAUGGACAUGAGCAGCAUGAACAAAGUCAACAACAAAAUGAUGAUGAACUCGAACAGAAAGCUUUAGCACAAGCAAACGAUGCAAAAUUGGAAGGCAAUAAAUUUUUUGGAGGUGGACAGUAUGAGGAGGCUUUGUCAAAGUAUGAUCUUGUUUUACAAGUUGUACCAGAGAUGCCAUCAUCUGCUGAAAUACGCUCAAUAUGUCAUGCAAAUCGUGCAGCAUGUCUGUUUAAAAUGGAGAAAUAUGAGGACACAAUCAAGGAAUGCACAAAAGCAUUGGAACUAAAUCCUACAUAUUUGAAAGUACUGGUUAGGAGAGGAGAGGCUCAUGAAAAGCUUGAACACUUUGAAGAGGCUAUUGCUGAUAUGACGAAAAUUUUGGAAUUGGAUCCGUCUCAUGACCAGGCUAGGAGAGCUAUUGUCCGUUUGAAACCAUUGGCAGAUGAAAAGCGUGAAAAAAUGAAGGAAGAGAUGAUUGGGAAGUUAAAGGAAAUGGGAAAUUCCAUUUUGGGCCGCUUUGGGAUGAGCGUUGACAACUUUAAAGCCGUUAAAGACCCCAACACUGGUGCCUAUUCUGUUUCAUUCCAACGCUAG